GGAGCUUGCCCCGCCGGGGCGGAAUAGGGGGCAGCAGGCUGUGAGGCAGCGGGGCUGCCCCUCCCGCCAGGAGGUGGGGCUCGUAUCUGCCCCUCAGCCGGAAGAGCAGCCGCAGCUGCCCGCCCGGACAGGGCGGCUGAGGGCGGCCCCGGGACCCGCCUCUUUUCCUUUCGCUUUGCCCCGCACGGUCCGAGCACAGCGCUGAGGGGAGCGGGCCCGCUGCAGACAGAGGGGCGGUCGGCGCAAGAUGGAAGGAGAUCAAUCCAGUCCUGUGCCCGCACAGAAGGAUGAAGACCAAGAUGGAGAUCAAGGUGAUACAGUGGACGCAAGGCCAGACAGAAGCAACAGAUACUCAUUCUUUGGAAAAAAAAAGAAGAAUGGACCGGAACAGCAGCCAGAGGCCCCCGUCAGUAACCAGUGCCGAAUUGUUAACCCAACAUUCAAGUAUAAUAUGGACUACAAAAAAGUUGGCAAAUGUAUUAUUAUAAACAACAAAAAUUUUGAGCACGAAACAGGUAUGUGUACACGCAAUGGCACCGAUAAAGACGCUGGAGAGCUUUCUAAAUGUUUUAGAAGCUUAGGAUUUGAGGUUGUUACAUACAACGAUCGACGCUGUGAUGAUAUGAAGGAAUUACUCAAACAAGCUGCAGAUGAGAACCACAGUGAUGCUGCUUGCUUUGCCUGUAUCUUUUUAAGCCAUGGGGAAGACGGCUUCAUUUAUGGCAUUGAUGGAAUGAUGGAAAUCAAGGAUCUGACCACAUUUUUCAGAGGAGACAAGUGUAGAACUCUGAUAGGCAAACCCAAAUUAUUUUUCAUCCAGGCAUGUAGAGGAACUACAUUUGAUGAUGGGAUACAGACAGAUUCUGGACUUGCAGAUGACACAGAUGCCAAUCCCAGAUACAAGAUUCCAGUAGAAGCAGAUUUUCUGCUUGCAUAUUCCACAGUGUCAGGUUAUUUUUCCUGGAGGAACCCAGGAAGAGGCUCAUGGUUUGUGCAGUCUUUGUGCUCCAUACUAAAUGAUCAUGGGAAACAACUUGAGAUAAUGCAGAUCCUCACCAGGGUCAACUACAUGGUGGCCACAAACUAUGAAUCACAAUCGGAUGACCCACGCUACAGCGAAAAGAAGCAGAUACCCUGUGUGGUCUCCAUGCUCACUAAAGAACUUUACUUCUGAAAGCAUAUUCAAAAGGUUGAUGUUAGGGCACACUUUUUUUUUCCCCAAGGAGAUUUGAUUGUACACUCGGUGCAUAUCUCAUGUAAUAGCAGAUACAGAUUUGUACUGGCUUCUUAUAUUUGGAAAAGGUGAUGUAUCCGAUUGCUGAGCCCUAAUCAAGGCUUUAUAGGAUGAGAAAGCAACUCUGGACCAGACCCUCAGCUGAUGUAAAGUCCAUAACUCCAUUUUUGUAUAUAUAGCUAUACUGAUUACACUAGCUGAGGAUCUCAUUCCCCCAUACUUAGCAACAGAGAGAGACUGGAAAUUGUCCUCCAUAUUACUUGCUCUGUACACUCAACUGGAUGCUGUUGACUCUUCUCUGGUAACUUUUUUCAAUUUUUUGUUUCAUUUUCUAUAGUUUGAUUUUUUUUUUCCCCUGUCUCAGAAGUUUUGGAAAACAAAUCUUUUUUUCUGUCUAAUUUUGUUCCUUCCGUUUGAUUGCUGAUAUUUUUUACUUUACAUUGUUUCUAGUACUGCAUCACUAAAAUGGUGGAAGCCUUUCUACUUACUUCUUCAUGUUUAAGAAGAGCUGUACAAUUUAUACAUAGUUCUAGGAACCAAUAGUUAGCGGUUAGAAGGCAGCAUAGGGAGAGUACAGCUUGCAUUGGGGUGUGACUAAUGCAGAUUUUGUAGAUGAUUAUUUAUUUUUGCUGCUUAAUUUCUCAUUAAUUAAAUAGUGCAUUUACAGACAUUGAUAUUUAAAAUCCAGAGAACAGUUCCCUCUAGCAGCUCAAAAUUAGUCUGAGUUGGAUCUAAAUAAGUUGGCAGUGUCCCUUUCUAGCUUGCUUCCAUUAGAAAUCUGGUGAUUGUAUAUAAAAGUGUCUUUUUGCACAUCUUCCAAUUCUACCUCCUUUUUAAAAAAAAGUGUUUUUGUAAAACUUAGGAAGUGCUUGAGAUAUAUCUUUUUUUUCCAAGAUGGAAAAACUGCAGUGUAUCGACAUUCAGAUUCUUGCUGAGUAAUAGUUAUUUCUCUUGACUUGGCAUUACCUUUCUUGCAUUCUGUUCAGUGCUAAAUAACUGGAUAGCAAAGAUGCAUUGUAACUCAACAGUUAUACCAAAAAAAUUGUUUCGUCAGUCUAGAGAAGUUAAACAAUUCCAGAAAGCAGUAUGUAAAACUUCUACAUUAAAUACUAGCAAAAUUAAUUCUGGGAAUCUUCCCUUAAAUUACUUCUCCUGGAGCAACAGUUCCUUCCCAGAAAUCUUCCUAGGGCAGCACCAUUAUACAUCACUUCUUAUUAUGGUUUGUGUCCUUAAAAAUCUAACCCAUAGUUGGGGUGGGUUUCUGAUCUCAUACAUAAACCUCUUUCUCUAAGAAAAAUAAAGAACAGUGACGGAUAUCCUUGGUUUACAGUGCUCUAAAAUUUACUUAGUUAUAAGUCAAAAACAAGGCAGGUAAAUAAAGAGAACAUCUAUAGAGAGUUUGCUCAAUAGAAAUGUCAUGUUAAUGUGGCAAAGAUUUUCAUCCAAUUUUCUUAUCACACAAGUAGAUUUUUACUUUGCAAACUACAUAUAAAAUGUAAAAGCAACCUGAAACAGUGAAAUUACUGAUUUUUGCUUGCACGUUAUUCAGAUUAGAAAGUGUCUUGUUCAGAAAUAGUUUUAAAAAUCAACAAAGAAUCAAGUAGUAGGUUUUAUUUUAAAACAUAUAAUUUUAUUGUUGAAUAGAAACAAUGACAUUCUUCAGUAAUAAGUGUGAUUAUUUAGGUUGAGUUUGUUUGUUCCAUUAUACAUACACUGAAAGUACUGCAUAGCAAGAUAAACAUUAAUCGGGUAGCAGAACAGCCUUUAACUACUGUGCUGUUUUUCUUUUUUUCCUUUGGAUCUGAGCUAGCAAAUGCUUGAGUUCCUCUUUAAUAUGAUCUCUCAUGAAUAUUCAGUAGCUAUCCCAAAAAUAUGAGGCUAACCAGUUGUUCAAUUAACUGGUAAUGGGUGAAGUAUUUUUUCUUUUCCUAAUCAAAAUGUACAGAAGGGUUCCUUGAAAACUUCUGAAAAUAUACAUAUUAGUGCCAAAUUACCAAAUUUGUAAGUUUUAAAUAUAUUUUCUUACUGUUGUGACAAAAUGAGGCACUUUUUCGUAAAUCAAAUUUACAUGUCUGUGAAUUUCAUAAAUAUUUUAUGGAAAACUUGAUCAAUAAAGAAUUU